UUAAUACUUUACUGUACCAAUUUUUGUCUUGAUUUUGCUUUAUGUUUAUUUGAAAAGCCACUCUGCUUAUUAUAUUUCACACUUCCCAUUUAAUCUUCAUUUUUAUACUCAAAAUAUUUGUAAAUUUCUUGUUUUUCAUUCUAUCUCUAGCAAUAAAGAUUCCUAUUGAGAUCCAGAUUCUUAUGCUAUUUAUUCAUUAAGAAACCAACUGGAACUAUUUAAGCAUAAACUAUACUUCACUUCCAUGGAAAGCUUGGAAUCCAGGUAUCUUAAUUGUUGCAAAAGGCAAAAGGUGCUGCCUAAUCCGUCAAUUUUGAGCUCUCUUUCGAAGACUGUGCAUCAGAAGUCUCUUCAAAGCCGAAGUAACCUCAUCGUUGUACUGGAUCACCUAAAGGAUGCGGACCUAUUACCACUUAUUGAUACGAUCAAUGCAAUGAGCUCAUCUGAUGUCGAUGUUGUUGAUAUUCUUAAUGAAUCACCUUGCAUUCUGAAUGAAGAUCAGGUUUUGUCUCUGAUGUGUGCAGCGAAUCAGAAACUCCGUACAGUUAGUCUUCAAGAUUUACCAUUUACAAAGCGCUUCUUGAGGUAUCUAUUUCGAGGUGGCUUGUGCUGUCAAGUGUUAAAGUUGAGCUCAUCUAGUCUUCAGAAGCUUGACAUGGUUGGGAGCUUUAUGCAUUUACGAAAGCUUAACUUGGACUUCUGCACCUCAUUGACUACUCUACACAAGGAUUGUUUCUCUCACAUGCCGAACUUAAAGCACCUCUCUAUGUGUGAGACAAGAGUAGCUAAUCUUUGGACAACUACCGUUUCCCUGGCUAAACUUCCUUCUCUCAUAGAACUUCGCUUUCAGAACUGUUUGUGCUGUGAAGAAACUGGCCCGUGCCCUGCAUAUUUAAGCAAUAAAUAUGGUGUUCAUGUCAGCGACAUUACUAGUCCAGUUGGCUCUGAUACAUGUGUUGAUAAUCAGCAAAGUUUAAGCCUGCGAGAUUUUCCGUCUGAUUCUGCUUUCGGUUUGCAACAGGUUUUUUGUGAGAAGUGCAACGUGCAAGAUGGUUGUGUCAAUGACCUCAGUGAAAGUCUAAGCGUUUUAUCAACAAAAAAGUAUAUUUCACACCAUCCUGCACCUAUAUGCUUUGAGAAACAUUACAGGGAGUUCAUGAUUGCUUCCUUGCCGCGAUUAGAGGUUUUAGACAAUUUACCCAUCGGAAAGAAGGAUAAAAAACUUGCUCAGGUGAUAUAUACAACAUAUUUUGAGUACUUGCCAUAUAAUAGACCUGCAGAAGAGAGUGUUUCUCGCAUUCUUCAGAAUCGUGAAAUAGCAUCCAGUGGAAUCCCUUUCCGGAGACUUUUUAAGUCGAAGAAUUCAUCAGAUUUUCAAAGGAAGAAUCAAUAUGUUUUCUCGAAGUCCCUUUGUGCAGCAAAGCUAGGUGCGUCACCGUGGCCACUUUUACAAAGUCUGUCUAGUAUUAGCUGCAUAGAAAAUGAAGAGAGCAGGAGGGUUCGUCCUAGGCAAUUUGAGUAUCAUCCUUCCGACUCUAGCCUUAUGGCUUUUGGAACAUUGGACGGAGAAGUGGUGGUGAUCAAUCACGAGAACGGGAAGAACAUUGCAUACAUGCCACCCAUGGGAGCAAGGAAUAGCAUUUUGGGACUUUGUUGGCUUAAGAAGUACCCCUCUAAGGUGCUUGCUGGUUCUGACAAUGGUACGUUGAGAUUGUAUGACAUCAGUAAUACCUCACCAAAGGGUGCAUACUCUUGUUAUGGCGGUGAUUUUACAACCUGUGAUAAGUUUAAUCAGUUGACUUCAGUUCAUAUAAACUCUACGGAUGAAUUGCUUCUAGUCAGCGGUUACACACGAAAUGUUGCAAUGUAUGAUAUGGUCACAGGAAAGCGCUUGCAGUUGUUCAAUGAUCUGCAUCAGGAGCCUAUAAACGUCGCCAAGUUUUCCCAUCUUUCUCCUAAUAUGUUUGCCACUUCUUCAUUUGAUCAUCACGUUAAAAUGUGGGAUAUUAGACAAAAAAUGGACCGACCUUGCUAUACAGCUACUAGCUCAAGAGGCAAUGUGAUGGUCUGCUUUUCCCCUGACGAUUACUAUCUGCUUGUGUCAUCCAUCGACAAUGAGGUUAAACAACUUAUGGCUGUUGAUGGGAGGCUGCACACAGAUUUUGGUAUAUCUCCAAGUGGUAGUUCAUAUAACUAUACUCGUUCAUAUUACAUGAAUGAGAGAGACUAUGUUAUCUCAGGAAGUUCUGACGAACAAGUUGUCCGCAUUUGCUGUGCUCAGACAGGAAGGCGACUAAGAGAUGUUUACUUUGAGGGAAGAGGCUCAGACAAAGCGAUGUUUGUGCAAUCCUUGAGGAGCGAUCCUUUCAGGCCGUUCAACAUGAGUAUAUUAGCAUCUUAUGCACAAUCAAACUCCAAGUGCGAAAUAAUCAAGGUAAAUCUGCUCUCAACUGGCGAGGAUGAUGAAGAAGACUCUUACUUGCAGCAUAUCACCCCGUCCUUCAGCCUUGGCGGUUGAUCCUACUCAUUCAUAUGUAUAUAUGUACACUCAAGUAUCCGAAGUGAGUAUUAUUCAUAUUCAUUAGAGUUGGAUAUAUCUAUUUGCGUAACAAUUAGCAUAAGAGCGUAUUCAUAUAUUCCUCGUAAAUGUUUUAACCCAGCAAAUGAAUCAAAUAAUAAGGGGUAGGUGUAUUGAUUAAGGGUAAAUUUUAGCAAAUAAAAAGGGUAAUUUUAGAAUGCUUCAUUUUUAUCUUACUAAAUUUAGAAAGUUACUCAUUACUUUUGGAUUAAUCAAAAAUAGAAUUGUGGUGUGUUGAUGAUUUGCUGCAGUUGUGUGAGAGGUUGGCACAUGAUCAUGUUUUGGCCAGCAAUACUUAGCUGAUCUGAAGCAUUGACAAAUCUAUCUGAGUUGAGCUAAAUAUAUCAAACCUUUUUAGUAAUUAAAGCGAGUCUGGCGUACAAAAAAGAGAAUGCCAUUUUUUUUCUAUAUACAGAAAGCUAGGAAUUUACUCGGUGAAUCAAAUAAAUCCAUGUAUCUUUAAAACGAUGGUUUUUGUUGUUCAUUGAAGUGUUCAUAAGAUCUCCAUCAUUUUUCUGCA